UAUUUAUUGAUGUUUUGUUAGUAUCGCUAAUACGUUUUCAAACAAUUUAAAGGUAAUAAAAAUAUGGAUAAGCAAGAUAUAAAAAAUCGUAAUGCUCUACUUUCGAUUGCUAAUGAAAUUAAAAAGUUUCAUUUGGAACGAAACGUGCGUGAUAAAAAACAUUUAAAUCCUAUAUUUGGUGAAUUUCGAUUGAACAAGACGAGUGUUAAAGCAAAGACAAAACUGUUAGCCACUCUCAAGAAGAAGUUGCAUAUUGCUUGUGUAUUCGCAAAGAUGCUCCUGACAAUCCAUUCAAAGAAAGGAAUAAAUACUUAUGAAUUACAUCAAGUUACUACCGUUAAACAUCCCACGAAUCCAGAAUGUAACUCGCGUAAAAUAAAUCAUAAUUUCACAUAUUCUACACUUAUUAAUAUGGCAUAUAACCAACUUUGUUCCAACAAAGACGAAAGCCGUGUACCAGAGAUUGAUAAAUUAAAAGAAAUUAUUUGUCAUUUGAAUACCACAGCUACCAUGCUAACCCAAGAAAAAUCGAAAUCUGAAAAUCUGGAGAGAAAAAACAGAUUUCUUGCAACGAAAUUAAUGCUGACUGAAAAUCAUCUACAAAAUGUAAUGAACCAAAACGACUUGUUUAAAAAGGAAAACCUUAAAUUGGUUAAACUUAUCAAUUGCCAAAACGAUUCAGCAUUAUACCCUAGCCCCAAAUUAAAUUCAGUUCUUUUAAAUGGCCAACAUAAUAUAAAAUUAUAUUUAUCAAAUAUGCAAUCGUUGGUGUAUGAUCAAACGAACAUGCUGAAAGAACUAGGGAGCUUGUCUAAAGAUAAUAUAUAAUAAGCUAACUCAACCCAAAAACACUAACUUUAUAAAUAGAUGUUCGCAUGUUGAAGAAUAUUUUCUUCAAAUUUCGAUAUCCUUACAAUAACGGAAUAAAUAAAAGUUUUCUAAAUUCACGGGAACUGCCAAAAAUGUCUUUAGAAAAAGCCAAGCAAGUGGCUGCAUACCGGGCAGUGGAUGAAUAUGUAAAAGGUCACUGUGUUUUUGGAGUUGGAAGCGGUUCAACUGUUGUAUACGCAGUACAACGAUUAGCUGAGAGAGUGGAAACAGAAAACUUGAAGGUAAUCUGUAUACCAACCUCUUUCCAAGCAAAACAAUUGAUUAUAAAAUAUAAUUUAACUCUUGGAGAGUUGGAAACACACCCAAACAUAGAUGUAACAAUAGAUGGAGCGGAUGAAGUAGAUUCGAAUAUGACAUUGAUAAAAGGUGGAGGAGGGUGCUUACUUCAAGAAAAAAUUGUUGCAUCAUGCUCAAAGAAAAUGAUAGUAAUAGCGGACUACACCAAAGAUUCUAAAAAACUUGGUGAUAGAUAUAAAAAAGGAAUUCCUAUUGAAGUUAUUCCUAUGGCUUAUGUUCCUAUUAAAAAUAAGGUUGUUGGAAUGUUUGGUGGUGAGAUAAAGCUACGCAGUGCAAUAGCUAAAGCAGGGCCUGUUGUUACGGACAAUGGAAACUUCAUUUUAGACUGGAUGUUUACAAAUCAAGAUUUAGAUUGGGAAAAAACAAGCACUAUCAUAAAGUUGAUGCCUGGUGUUGUUGAAAUUGGUUUAUUUGUUAAAAUGUGUGAAAAGGCAUAUUUUGGCCAAGCAGAAGGCACUGUUAUAGAAAGAUCUGUUUAGAUAGAUAAAUUUGUUAUCUCAAUGUUUUCUACCUUUUUAUAAAUUGUUUAUAAGUGAACUUUUAAAGAAGUAUUUAAUGUAUCUUUAUUUACAUUUAUUAAAUUUGUGGUACAUUUUGUCUAAAUAAAAAAUAUUUCAAGCGGUGUAUUUUAAU